CAAAAAUAAAAUUUCAACCUCAGUUAGCGGGAUACCGAACCAUAGGUUGGAAGCUCUAGUCACCAAAUGCAUUAGUCGGACACGUUUCGGCUAGCGCGUCGGUUACCGUUCGCGCGCCACAAGGGUAGUCGCUCGGAUUACGCAACGUAACAUGACCGGGAUUUUCUAAUUACACGACGUCGCGGAGCGUGUCGCAAACAAGGCACGUUUCAGACAAUAUUGAGGGAAACUCGUGGUUUAUUAGCAGAAUUUAGCCCAACAAAUACUGUUCCUAUCCUCCUUUAUAUAGUUCUGCUAAGCCAGCCGCUGUAGUGCCACGCAUCUAGUGUCACGCUCGCCUUUAAUACGUAGAAUCGAGUCUAGCGCUGUUCUUGUGGGGAAAGGAUUUUUGCAGUCGGUAAGGAUGGCUGCUGAGCCCGUCUGCUUGGAUGACUUCGAGAGGCUUGCUAAAGGAAGUAUGAGUGAGAAGAUCUACUCUUUUUUUGCAAGUGGUGCAGAUGAAGCAAGAACGAUCGAAGAGAACAAAGAAGGGUUCAGAAGAAUUAAGCUGCGCCCGAGAAUGCUCCGAGGGAUUUCUGAUGUCGACAUGCGCACUACCAUACUAGGCCAGCCAAUCAGCAUGCCCAUAUGUAUUGCACCAACAGCUAUGCACAGAUGUGCACACCCGGAUGGAGAAAUAGCGACGGUCAAAGCCGCCGGUGCCGCCGACACAUGCAUGGCCUUGACCAUAUGGACCACAACUACAUUGGAGGAGGUAGCCGCUGCUGAACCGCAGGCGCUUAAAUGGUUCCUCAUCUAUCACUUGAAAGAAAGAGAGCAAUUAACAUCCCUUGUCAGGCGCGCGGAGAAGUCUGGGUAUAAAGCUCUGGUUCUUGUCGCUGACGCUCCCGACGGAGGAAUUCCAUACCAUCGCAGUAGUAAGCGAAAUGGUCGUUUACUGACAAAAGGCAAAGGGCCGCAAUUGGUACACAUGGAACAUUGCCAGAUAGACCCUUCGGUCAGUUGGGAGAGCGUUUAUUGGCUAAAGUCGUUCACAAAGUUACCUAUUGUGCUGAAGGGAAUUCUGACGCCUGAAGACGCGAGGCUAGCUGUGGAGCACGGAGUAGACGGGAUAAUAGUGUCCAAUCACGGUGGACGGCAGCUAGACGGGGUGCAAGCCACGAUCGAUGCUCUUCCAGAGAUUGUGAAAGCCGUGCAAGGAAAGCUAGAGGUUUAUAUGGACGGAGGAGUGAGACUGGGCACUGAUGUGUUCAAGGCUCUAGCGCUUGGCGCCCGCGCCGUGUUUAUUGGCCGACCGGUGAUCUGGGGACUAGCGUACAAGGGCGAGGAGGGCGUCCGUCAAGUUCUCGAGCUCCUCCGUGAAGAGCUCAGACUCGCCAUGAUUCUAUCGGGCUGUGGCUCCCUUGAUGACGUCACUAGCUCUUACGUCAUACCUGCCAACCAAUCAGCACGACUGUGAUUCAUUAUGGAAUCUUAGUAAAGAAUGAUUACGGAGUUACAGGAUUGAGAGGAUGAAGGAAUUAACUUAUUUUUUUUAGCCUCUAGAUAUUUCUUUGGCGUUAUUUAGUGUGGUUCCUGAACUCCUUUAGAGCCCUAACGUCAUGUAUGAACCAAAGGUCAGUACUUCAUGUUGGAUUAGGGUUGAUAGUGACUUUUAUGGGGUCACGCAUGAAGUACUAACACUCACGGGGGUGUUUAUUUUAAUUGAUUUCAUUUUUCCUAGAUGGCGGUGCGCGAAUGAUUCAUGAAACUCCGUGUGAUUAUUGAUUUAGAUUGCAUUAAUGCGCCAUUUCCAAAUAUAGAAUUUGGCGUUUGGGAGUGGCAUUUUGUUAUUUUUAUCCGUAAAUAAUGCGAAGGGAAAGAAAAGUUAAGGUUGACUGAACACAUUUAAUAAUAAUAUUUGGAAUAAUAAUACUUGGAAAAAUAGAUUAACCUAAUAAUAUUAUAAUUGGUCUAGGUUUUUAUGCCCUAUUUUUUUUCUCAGUAGAAUCAUCCGGAUUUUCAACCAGUAAGGUGUUUUUAUGCCAAUAUUUGACCAACGUACUGCAAUGAAAUCCACCCACUGACAA